AUGAUUGAAUUGGCGUCUCUGUAUGGUGUGAAAGCUUGUCCUGGAAAAAAAUGUGAAACGGGGGUUUGGGUUGGAGACAGAAAAAUUGGUGCAAUUGGUGUACGGAUUUCAUAUGGAAUCACUUCUCAUGGAUUGGCCUUUAACAUUGAUCCAGAUUUGGACUAUUUUAAGCAUAUCGUACCUUGUGGCAUUGCAGAUAAAGAAGUUACAUCAUUGAGAAGGGAGACAGACUUGGUGCUUCCUACAGAAGAAGUAAUUCAGGACCAGUUGAUUUCUUGUUUUGCUAGACAAUUUGGUUAUAGUAAUCUUGUAUGGAAGGAUGCUGCUUCAAUAUUGUCAGACAAUGGGGAAACCGAAUGA